AUGUCUGAAGAUUUUUUUGAAGUAUCAGCAGCCUCAACUUGGAAAAAUGAUCCCUUUCUGUUCAUAAAAAUUAAACAUUUUACACCAGAAAUUAUAAGUAUGAUUGUGGAAUGGGGACCAUGUCAGCCAACUUGUGAUGUUCUACCAAAUAAAGAAUUUUUAAAAGACAAAGAUGGACGGUAUUUUCAUGCAGGAUGGUACUACAGAACUCAUACAGAUGGAACUAAAACAAGAAGAAACUGGUUAACUUAUUCACCAUCGCUAAAUAAGAUAUUUUGCUUAGACUGUAUUUUAUUAGGAAGAAAAACCGUUAAAGCUUGGGUAAAAGAUGGAUUUUCUCACUGGAAAAAUAUGGGCAUUGCAAUAAUUAACCAUGAAACAACUAAUACGCAUAUUGAAGCUUCAUUAAAAAUGAAAUUAAGGGAAUCUGUUUUACCCUUAAUUCCAUCCUUGGAAGUAAACCAAAAAUCAAGUGUAGCUCUUAAUAGGGAAAUUGUGAAACAACUAAUAGAUAUAACAGUCUUUUUGGGACGCCAAUGUUUACCGUUUAGAGGGCAUAGAGAACGCUUGACUGAUCAACUCAAAGGUAAUUUUAAAGACUUGGUACUUCUGUUAUCUCAACAUUCACCGGCGCUUGCGUCACAUGUUUCAACUCUCAAAUUAAAAGGACGUAAAGAUAUAUCUUUUAUUUCUUGGGAUCGCCAAAAUCUUUUGAUUGAAUCUGUAUCAGAAUACAUAUCACAAAUCGUUCAAUCUGAUAUUAUUUCAUCAAGAAUAUUCAGUGUUUCACUCGAUUCUACCUUUGAUAUAUCCCGUAAGGAACAGGUUUCUUUUAUUAUAAUGUAUGUUAAUGAAACUAAUGGUACAGUUAUGGAAAGAUUAUUAGCAUUAGAAGAAUUUCCAUGCACCACCGGAGUUCAUCUUUCUGAGUUAUUUCAAAAUGUUUUUAAUAAUCAUAUCUUGAUUGGAAAUCAAAUUUAA